AUGCCGACUCAGUUGUCAUCUGUUUCUGGCGAAGAGGAUUCAUUCACUGCGACAAUUGAGCGUUUAAGGCGAGAAAACCAACAGCUGCAGGGGGAAAUCGGCCACCUCCGUGAUCAUAUAGAAAAGAUCUCCCAGGUGUCGCGAGACUGGGAAAUGAGAACCUGGCAGUUGGAAAGGGACAUCAUGAGGGAGCAAAGCUUGAUACGUGAACUUAAGGAGGAACUCAGCAAUGUCCGCAGUGGAGUUGGCAACGCCAUUCGUCUCCUGGUCACACACCAAGAUUACCAAGCCAAUCGCGAGGAUGGUAGGCCAGUUCAUGAUUGUAAUCAGGAAUGA